CCCUCCUGACCUGCCUAUCUUUGUUUCUACAGGGUGGUGCUCAGCAUGGCGGGGAUCCCCGGGCUCCAAUUCCUGCUCCUUUUCCUCCUCCUCUGUACUAUUGGGCAGAUAAGUGCCCAGUGGAAACCGACUUGGCCUGCCUACCGCCUACCUGUGGUCUUGCCCCAGUCCACCCUCAGCUUAGCCAAGCCAGACUUUGGGGCAGAAGCCAAAUUGGAAGUGUCUUCUUCAUGUGGACCCCAGUGUCAUAAGGGAACUCCACUGCCCACUUACGAAGAGGUCAAGCAGUAUCUGUCUUAUGAAACACUCUAUGCCAACGGCAGCCGAACAGAGACACAGGUGGGCAUUUACAUCCUCAGUAGUGCCCAGGGUGAGCCUGCGGGAAAGUCUCGGAGGAAGCGGCAGAUUUAUGGUUAUGACAGCAGGUUCAGCAUUUUGGGGAAGGACUUCCUGCUUAACUACCCCUUCUCAACAUCAGUGAAGUUGUCCACAGGCUGCACUGGUACCCUAGUGGCGGAGAAACAUGUCCUCACAGCGGCCCACUGCAUACAUGAUGGGAAAACCUAUGUGAAGGGAACCCAGAAGCUUCGAGUGGGCUUCCUGAAGCCCAAGUUUAAAGAUGGUGGUCAAGGGACGAACGCCUCAACCUCAGCCAUGCCUGACAAAAUGAAGUUUCAGUGGAUCCGGGUGAAGCGCACCCAUGUGCCCAAGGGAUGGAUCAAAGGCAAUGCCAAUGACAUUGGCAUGGAUUAUGACUAUGCCCUCCUGGAACUUAAGAAGCCCCACAAGAGAAAGUUCAUGAAAAUUGGGGUGAGCCCUCCAGCUAAGCAGCUGCCAGGGGGCAGAAUCCAUUUCUCUGGUUAUGACAAUGACCGACCAGGCAAUUUGGUGUACCGCUUCUGUGACGUCAAAGAUGAGACCUAUGACCUGCUCUACCAGCAGUGCGAUGCCCAGCCUGGGGCCAGUGGGUCCGGGGUCUAUGUGAGGAUGUGGAAAAGACAGCAGCAGAAGUGGGAGCGAAAAAUCAUUGGCAUCUUUUCAGGGCACCAGUGGGUGGACAUGAAUGGUUCACCACAGGAUUUCAACGUGGCUGUUAGAAUCACCCCUCUCAAAUAUGCGCAGAUUUGCUAUUGGAUUAAAGGAAAUUAUGUGGAUUGUAGGGAAGGGUGACACCAAGUUCCUUCCCAGCAGCACUUACUGGCCUUUAUGUACUUAUUGUAGGAGAGCUCAAAUUUUGUCACUGGGUGUUUGUUUGUGUGUGUGUGUGUGUGUGUGUGUGUGUGUGUGUGUGUGUGUGUGUGUGUGUUAUAUGGCAUAGUUAUCUAAUUUUUUUUAAUUGCAAGAUGACUGGCUUUAUUAUUUGAAAACUGGUUUGUGUAACAUUUAAGCAGUUUAAAGGAGGAGUUUUGCAUAGAAAUAAAAAAACAUGCUCAUGUUUGGAACAAUAGGGAAUAUUUAGUGAUUAAGUUAAUCUUUCACUUUUUGAGAAUUUUGAUUUUUAUUUCAUCUGAACUCAUUUCAAAGAUUUAUAGUGAAUGGGUGGCAUACGGGAGAUAGACUUUCUAGUGUGUGUGUGUAUGUGUGUAUUUUCUCCUGAGAGUCAUCUUUUCUGGUUUUGUUUUUUUUUUUAUUAAUGCCCAGUCAUUACUGUUUCUGGAUGGCAGUGUUCCCCAUGGCAAACAACUCUUUGGAACGUAUACAAUACUUCUUUGACAGGCAGUCAUUAUAUUUUGAUGGGGCGGGCGGUUUGCAAGGUCGUCCUUGAGCUAUAAUAUAAUUUGCUGACUAUAAUGCCAUACAUAUUAAACCAUAUCUUCCAAAGACUGCUGCUCUACUUUUUGGGAAGACCUUGCAUGUGCCUCUAUGAACUUUGCAGUCUCACCAGAGUAAGCGAGAUCAUUUGUGUCAAUCCUUCCAUUUAUCAGGAUGUUACUCACAUUUCUUGAACUACCUGCUUUUCAGAAGACAAUAAUCAUACCUAAUUAGAACAGGCUAUAGUGCUUCUCAACUAACAGUACAAUGGUAGUAUUUUACCCUUGGAGUGCAGCACAUCUCAUAUUUUAUCAUUUGGAUGGAAUAAUUUAAAAUGAAUUAAAUUCCAGAGAACAAUGGAUGUUUCGUUGGGCAGACGUUAAAACAUUGUAAGUAUAUAUUCCUAGGAAGACUAGUAUAAUAUUUCCUUAAACACUCAACCUUCAACCAAAAGUUAAAAGGGCACCGUCAUCAAGUAGGGAGGAGAUGUCUCUCAGUGCUUCCUUUAUCAGGGAUUCACAUGCUUGUUUGCACAUUAAGAAGUCCUGUAGUAAAGACACAUGUUAAUGUUUUAAAAUAUGCAUUUCAAUAAACAUCUUUGAUGACACAACCCUUGUUUUCUCAUAUAAUGUCU